AUGAAUCCUCCAACAACACAACACACGGGCAAGCAACUUCAUGCUCCAAUGAAUCCAAGGAACAACAACCCUCACCAUCCCUAUCAACAACAACAACACAAUCCAAAUAAUCAGAACAGAAAUUCAGGAAUGAUGGGAAGAGGACCACGGAUUCCGAGGCAACAGCAAGAUGGCUCCACUCAGCCACAACAGCCUCAAGGAGGUAUUGCUGCAGCUUUGGCUCAAAAUCCUUCUCUGGGAGAUAAAAAUUAUCACCAUCAUCAUCAAAAUCAACAACAACAACAAAUGGCAUCCUUUCCUGUGGGACAAGGAAAUAAUACUGAGGAAGGUCCGAUCAUGCCAAACUUUAUACAACAACCUCAAAGUAAGAUGGUAUUUGAUGGUAAACGUAUGAGAAAAGCUAUUGAUAGACAAUUUAUCGAUUACAAUCCAACUGUUAUUCAAUUGACGAGAACGAGACUUUACGAAAGAUCUAAACGCGAUUUUCAAUACAUUCCUCCAAAUCCUGCUUAUGAAAUUAAUUUACUUCCCCCUUCGGCAAUUAAACAAAAUCCAACAACAUGUAUUGCUACCAAGUUCGAACAUGCCAGUAUAAACAAGAUGAAAUGUCCAAUUCAUGUCGUGUGUUGGACACCGGAUGGUAGAAGAUUAUUAACAGGAGCAUCUACGGGAGAGUUUACAUUAUGGAAUGGUAUGGCUUUUAACUUUGAAACAAUUCAGCAAGCUCAUGAUGUUGCCAUCCGAGCCAUGGUUUGGAAUCACAAUGAUACUUUCAUGGCAAGUGCUGACAAUACUGGAGUGAUAAAAUACUGGCAACCAAACAUGAACGGAGUGAAAACCAUCAAAGGUCAUGAGGAAUGUAUCAGAGACUUGGGAUUUGCUCCUUCAGAUUCUAAAUUUUGUAGUUGUUCAGAUGAUGGUACUGUAAAGGUCUGGGAUUUUGAAAGAGCAACUGUCGAAAAAACGCUAAGUGGACACAGUAGUGAUGUAAGAUGUUGUGAUUGGCAUCCAAGAAACAGUUUAAUAGCGAGCGGAGCUAAAGAUUAUUUGGUGAAACUAUGGGAUGCGCGCUCAGGAAAAAACGUUGCCACACUCUAUGGUCACAAAAAUACAAUUUUUAACAUCAAAUGGAAUAUGAACGGAAACUGGGUUCUAAGUUGCUCAAAAGAUCAACUUAUCAAAUUGUAUGAUAUCAGAUAUUUGAAAGAAUUUCAAACAUUUAAGGGGCACAACAGAGAAGUGACAUGUCUAGCCUGGCACCCAUAUCAUGAAAAUUUAUUUAGCAGCGGAUCGUAUGAUGGAAAUAUUAUGUUCUGGGUUGUUGGUAACAAAUCGCCUCAAGCAAAAAUUAAGGAUGCGCACGCUAAUGCAGUAUGGGAUUUGGCAUGGCAUCCUUUUGGACAUGUCUUGUGUUCUGGCAGUAAUGACUAUUCCACAAAAUUUUGGGUCAGGAAUAGACCUGGAGACCGAAUGGAUGACAAGUAUAACGUCCAUGAGCUUCCUGCUGAUGCUCAGCAAUUACUUCAAAACUUGGGUACUCAGCAAAAAAUACAACAGCAUGCUCACAAAGAAGAAGCUCAUGUUAGCGAUCAUGCAGAUUUAUUCAUGUCAGGAAUGUUGCCAGGUCUUGGCUCCACCACCUCAUCUUCACUUCCUGGCUUGGGUUUUGGUUCCUCAUCUUCUAGUCUACCUGGAUUGUAA